AUGAAAGAGGUUGUUAAAAAAGAAAUCAUUAAAUGGCUAGAUGCCGACAUUAUCUACCCUAUCGCAGAUAGCACGUGGGUCAGCCCCGUGCAAUGCGUUCCCAAGAAGGGUAAAAUGACAGUAGUCCCUAAUGCAAACAACGAAUUGAUCCCUAUGAGGGCUAUCACAAGUUGGCGGAUCUGUAUGGACUAUAGGAAACUUAAUGUGGCGAUAAAGAAAGAUCAUUUCCCAUUACCUUUCAUUGAUCAAAUGCUCGACCGACUAGUAGGGAAUGACUAUUUCUGUUUCCUUGAUGGCUCGACCAUUGAAUCGUUGUUGGAAGCUGAUAGACCUUUUGACUUUGAUCCACACUACCUCACCGCAUUCAAAGCACUAAAGGAUGCCUUGACUACAGUGCCAAUUCUGAUCGCAACCGAUUGGGCAAAGCCAUUUGAGCUAUUGUGCGAUGCCAGCGGAUAUGUGAUGGAGGCAGUCUUGGCACAAAAGGUAAAGACAAUGUUACACCCCAUCGCAUAUGCUAGCAGAACAUUGAACUCCACGCAAGAGAAUUACACCACCGCCGAGAAGGAACUUUUAGCGAUAAUCGACCAAAAGGGAAUAGAGAACCAGAUCACUGACCAUUUAUCGAGGUUAGAGAAUCUUGAAGUGGAUUGCAUCCAGUCGGAGGUAAACGCAUCAUUCCCUGAUGAGCAGUUGCUUAAGAUUGAAGAACUACCCUAG